AUGGCAAACGCACUCGCUGGCGGGGAUGGCAUCAUGGGCAACGUGGGCGGAUUCCCCCUCGAACAGUGGUUCUACGAGAUGCCCGUCUGCACCCGCUGGUGGAUGACCGCGGCUCUCAGCGCGAGUGUGCUGGUCCAGUGCCACAUCCUCUCGCCCUUUCAGCUCUUCUACAGCGUUCGCACCGUCUUCUUCAAGAGCCAGUACUGGCGCUUGCUCACCACUUUCUUCUACUUUGGGCCGCUGAGCCUCGACCUGCUCUACCACAUCUUCUUCCUCCAGCGCUAUUCCCGCCUGCUCGAAGAGGCUUCUGGCCGUUCGCCCGCCCACUUCUCCUGGCUCCUCACCUUCACUGCCACCAUGCUUCUUUGCAUCGCCCCCAUGUUCUCCAUGGCCUUUUUGGGUUCCGCUCUCUCGAGCACCCUCAUCUACAUCUGGAGCCGGAAGAAUCCAGAUACCAUGCUCAGCUUUCUGGGCCUCCUGGUAUUCAAGGCCCCAUAUCUGCCCUGGGUCCUAUUGGCCUUUUCCCUCAUCAUGCAUGGGACCGUACCCAAGGACGAAAUGUGCGGUAUCGUAGUCGGCCACAUCUGGUACUACUUCAACGACAUCUACCCGCCGCUGCACAACAACCACAGCCCUCUCCACCCGCCCUCCUGGUGGAUCCGACUGGUCGAGGGGCCUCCUGCGCCCACGGAAGAAGCCGUCAUGGACGCACCGACCGAGACGGAAGCAGAAGUCGGACCGGCACAAUAG